AUGCCAGGCGCGGUGCGUUGCUCCUGUUUCCGAGUGGUCCUCAUAGCCCUUCUCCUUGUUGCUCUCCUCCAGCUUCUCUACCUCUCCCUCCUCUCCAACCUGCAUGGCCAGCAGCAGCAGAGAUCAGCUCACCCAGUCCAUGCUGGGUCUGCGAAUACCGAGCCACAAUGGCAGAAGGAACAGAGAGAUCACAUGAAGGCGGUAUUGGCUACAGGGGGCGUUCUGGAUGGCAGUGGACAGUACCGGAUUUACCGCCACCUUCUGGUACGAGAAGAGAGACCAUCCAAAACUCUGGACGUGGUACUUGGCCUCCCAUACUAGCCUUAACAAUAUGUGGCACUUGCAGGACUUGGUUGAGCGUUGGGAGGGGAAGAUUUCCUUGGCGCUGUUUGCUUCUAGUUCUGCUCAAGCAAAAGUUGCUGCAGCGUUAAUGUUUACCAUCGCUCAGUUGUGCCCAUCAGUGAGACAGAGGGUGUUCUUUCAUCUGGUGUGCCAGUCUGGAGAUCAGGCCGUUUUUCCAGAACUGGAAGAUCAGGCUCAGUUUGCACAGCUACGUACGUGCCAAGCUGUUUUUGCAAAGGCAGCAAGCAUGGGUUCACAUAUAGUUAAUUAUGCAGGUAAUGCUUCCUACCCUAACAACUUACUAAGGAAUGUUGCCAAGGUCGGUAUUGGAAGCACCACCUUUAUUCUGGUUGUGGACAUUGAUAUGGUGCCUAGUGAAAGACUAAGAUCCAAAUUUUUGGAAUUGGCUGCUCAAGGGGUAGAUACACAUACAGUAUUUGUGGUGCCUGCCUUUGAAAUUAGACACACACGGCGACUGCCUGGAACCAAAGAGGAACUGCUCCGCCUGUACCAGGUGGGGGAAGUCCGGGCAUUCUAUGAAGAAUUGUGUUCCCGAUGCCAAGCACCUACUAAUUACUCAGCAUGGCUGAACUUACCUGAGAGGUCCGACAGAAUGGCGGUGGCUUAUGUUGUUGAGUGGAGGGAUCCAUGGGAACCGUUUUAUGUUGGGAAUAAAGAUGUACCAUCCUAUGAUGAGAGAUUCAAGCAAUAUGGAUUUAACAGAAUCAGCCAGGCAUGUGAACUGAAUAUAGCUGGCUAUACAUUUGCAGUACUUGACUCUGCAUUCCUGGUUCACAAGGGCCACAAGUUACCGGGGGACUUCCACAGUCAAAAAGAUGCAGAAAACAAAAGAAACCGUCAGCUCUACAGAGGCUUUAAGGAAGAACUAAAGCUGAAAUAUCCAGAUUCCAGCAGGCGCUGUUAA